AUGUCUGUGAUUGUAGAUGUUACCAUGGUUGGGGGCCCUUCCGGUAGCCAAUACCAGGAAGUCCAAGCCUGGAAGGUCGGGAAACUCAUCACCAAGCUCACCGUUUUCAAGCAGGAGAACAGAGUGAGAGGUGCCUACGUGUGGAAGAAUGGAGAGGGCCAGUACGAUGGAGCCACUUUCGGCCACAUCUGGUUCACCACCAGCAACGGUCGCAACUUCGAUGCGGGGCCUGGCAAGUGGGGCAGUGAAACCAAACUUGACGUUGGGUCGGGCUACCUGGUUGGCGUGGAAGCUAGUACCGGUUCAGACAUUAACAACUGGGGCUUUGUCUUCCUCAAGCCGCUGCUUCUCCUCACUCUCACUGAUGUGGAGUACCCCAGCCUCAAUGAGAUGGGUGGUAUUGUACCCGUCACCCUUGACAGUCUCGACGAGACUAACGACAGCAAGAAUUCCGACCUCAAUUGGACUCUGGAAGGCUCCAAGAGCGAGACAAUCUCAUGGGAGUUUUCCAAGGCUGAGGGCCUCACUGCAACUGUAGGCUUUCAGGUUUCUGCUGGGAUUCCAGAGAAUGGACUUGGAGAAACAGGGAGCUUCCAGUGGGAGGUGAGCAAUUCAAGCACCAGGACAGCCAGCCACAGCCAGGUGACUGAUCUCAAGUGGUCAACAGGCGGUGUUCUGGGGUUACUGCAUCUGCUCUCACCCAGCCAGGAUAUUCCGGUGGGGACGCUUCAAUUUCCUCUUCCUCUAGGGCAGACAAGCUUGCGCGCCCGGUUUUCUCGCAGGGCAUGGAAGAAGCUGGGGGCUAAGCUCGAUCGACGCGCGCGUCCAUGGCCUUCUUCAGUAUCGGCAAUGUAG